UCAGCGCAGCUUUACAUGAGCAUCAAUCUACAUGAGGCCUCCGCUGGUGUUCUGGCGCGGCGUCUGCAGGACAGUGCUGAUACGCUGGUGAUCGGCGGCGGGUGUGUGGGCGUCAGUGUGGCGUAUCACCUGGCCAAAGCCGGACAGAAGGAUGUGGUGCUGCUGGAGAAAUCUGAGCUGACAGCCGGAUCCACAUGGCACGCGGCCGGACUCACCACAUAUUAUCAUCCAGGCAUUAACCUGAAGAAGAUUCAUUAUUACAGUAUUAAACUCUUCGAGCAGCUGGAGGCCGAGACGGGACAGGCUGUGGGUUUCCAUCAGCCGGGCAGCAUCAGACUGGCAUCUUCUCCUGUCCGUGUGGAUGAGCUGAAAUAUCAGAUGAGCAGAACCCGCUGGCAUCCCACACCACAGUUCCUGAUCGAGCCUGAGAGGAUCCAGCAGCUCUUCCCUCUGCUCAACAUGGACAAGGUGUUGGCGGGUCUCUAUAAUCCAGGUGACGGUCACAUUGACCCGUACUCUCUGACGAUGGCUCUGGCGGCAGGAGCACGCAUGUACGGCGCUCAGAUCUACUGUCCUGCUGCGGUCACAGGCCUCUCGCCCACCGCUGAUGGCAGAUGGGACGUCCAGACGCCACACGGCACCAUACGAGCCAAUCGCAUCGUCAAUGCCACAGGGUUCUGGGCACGUGAGCUGGGUCAGAUGUUGGGUUUCCCGCAUCCCACCGUGCCCGUGCAUCAUCAGUAUGUGGUGACUGGCAGCGUGCCGGAGGUGCAAGCACUGCAGACGGAGCUGCCGGUGAUCCGGGAUCUAGAGGGGUCUUAUUACCUGCGGCAGGAGCGGGACGGCCUACUGUUCGGCCCCUACGAGAGAGAGGAGAAGAUGAAGCUGCAGGACAGCUGGAUCACUGAUGGGGUCCCUGCAGGCUUCGGGAAGGAGCUGUUUGAGUCUGAUCUGGACCGCAUCAUGGAUCAUGUGGAGAUGGCGAUGGAGAUGGUGCCGGUGCUGAAGAACGCUGACAUCAUCAACAUUGUGUCGGGCCCGAUCACAUACACACCUGAUCUCCUGCCCAUGAUCGGCCCACAUCAGGGCGCACGCAACUACUGGACCGCCAUCGGCUUCGGGUAUGGGAUCAUCCACUCUGGUGGCGUGGGGAAGUUUCUGAGUGACUGGAUCAUUAAUGGUGAACCGCCAUAUGACCUGAUCGAGUGCGACCCGAACCGCUACGGCCACUGGACCACCGUCCCGUACGUCUGCGCCAAAGCCAGGGAGUCGUACGGCUUCAACAACGUGGUGGGUUUCCCCAAAGAGGAGCGUUUCGCGGGCCGGCCCACUGUGCGGGUCAGCGGUGUGUAUGAGCUGCUGAAGCACAGAUGCUCUAUGGGCUUCCACAGCGGCUGGGAACAACCACACUACUUCCACAAACCUGGAGACCACACCGGAUACAGACCCAGCUUCAGGAGGACAAACUGGUUCGUUCCGGUGGGCCGCGAGUGUGCGCAGGUGAUGCAGGCGGUGGGAGUGAUCGACCUUUCACCUUUCGGGAAGAUGAAGGUGACCGGAGCCGACUCACAGAGACUGCUGGACCACCUGCUGGCCAACACACUGCCCAAGGUCGGUCAGACGAACAUCAGCCACAUGCUGACGCCGAGAGGACGAGUGUAUGCAGAGCUGACCGUCACACACACACAACCUGGAGAGUUCCUGCUCAUCACUGGCUCUGGGUCAGAGCUGCACGACCUGAGGUGGAUCGAGCGUGAGGCAGCUGACGGAGGUUAUGAUGUGUGUGUGACGAACGUGACGGAUGAGAUCGGUGUUUUGGGCAUCGCUGGACCCAAAUCACGGACGGUUCUGCAGAAGCUGACCAGUGCAGACCUGAGUGAGGCCGGCUUCAGAUUCCUGCAGUGCAGAACCAUCGAGCUCGCUGGAGCGACUGUACAGGCCAUACGCAUAUCAUACACCGGUGAGUUGGGCUGGGAGCUCUACAUGGACAUGAGGAAUAUGUCUGCAGUCUAUCAGGCUCUGAUGGAAGCGGGACGAGACGAAAACAUUGAUGACUUCGGCACAUACGCCAUGAACUCUCUGAGACUGGAGAAGGGCUUCAGGGCCUGGGGAGCAGAGAUGAACUGUGACACCAACCCUUUAGAGGCCGGUUUGGACUAUUUCAUCAAACUCAAUAAGCCUGCAGAUUUCAUCGGUAAACAGGCUCUGCUGGAGAUCAAGGCUCAGGGUUUGAGUCGACGACUGGCAUUCCUGACCCUCAACACAGACGACAUCGACCCCGAGGGAAACGAGAGCGUCUGGCACAAUGGAGAGGUUGUGGGAAACACCACGUCAGGCUCGUACAGUUACAGCACUCAUCAGAGCGUGGCGUUUGCGUAUCUGCCUGUGGGACUCACCCAGUUGGGUCAGAAGCUGGAGGUGGAGUUACUGGGUCAGAAAUACAGCGCUACGGUCACCAAAGAGCCACUGAUCCUCACCGAACCGGCCCGAACACGCCUGCAGAAGAAGAAGAGCAGCGUCUAGACAUCAGCUCAGUGAAAACACAUCCAGUGACACACAACACUGCACAAAUGCAUUAAAUGAACAGCCAAUGAGAAGAAGGGGGCGGGGCAUGUCAGACACUAGAGAGUUAUUGAUUGGUCAGAAGAUUUGAUUUGACAGAAAUGGUUCAUCUGUUUAAGCGGAAGAGACAAACUGCAAACUGUAGAUGUUUAUAUCAGGCUUAUAUCUGCUAAAUGUGAAUUGUGGAGUUUUGGAGACUCUAGAUUAGAGACUAAGACUAACAAACUGAUACUAACACCUAAAAAAACAUUCAUUUCAUCCCACCUUUAAAGGGAUAGUGCAUACACAAUGAAAAAUCUGUCAUCAUUUACUCACUCUUUACUUGUUUCAAACCUUUACGAGUUUCUUUAGUUUCUUAAACACAAGAGAAGAUAUUUUGAAGAAUGUUGGAAACCUGUAACUAUUGACUUCCAUAGUAUUUGUUUUUGAUAUUGUUGAAGUCAUUACAGGUUUUCAGCAUUCUUCAAAUUACCUUCUCUUGUGUUCAACAGAAGAACGAAUCUCAUAAAGGUUUAUAACCACUUUUAUUGAGUUAGCUUUAUUGAGUUUUGCUGCUGCUCAAAUGUUUUGUCUUCAUGCCCAGAUGUGAAUUAUUGUGAAUAUUUCCAGUCUUUUCGAUCACUGACAGUCUUUUACAGUUUUACGGGAUUAGAUUGACUGAUGAGUCUUAAACAGCCAGAGAAGAACUUUAAUAAAAUCUCAACAUCACAGAUUCAUGAUUAUUAAUAAAGAUUAUUUCUGUA